AUGAAGAUGCUCCCAGCUAUUCACUCUCACCUUUCUCACAAGCGUGCGCACGACGCGAAUCUUCCGGUCGAAUCGCGAGGGAAGAUCGACCUCGUCUUCGUCUCUCGUCGAAAGGAUUUUCUUCGCAGCGAGGUCGAGAGGAUGAAGGGGAUCGCAACGAUUCUGAUGCUGGCGGUCCUCGGCGCAGCCAGUGGCCAGGAACACGGAGGAGGACAUGCCUUGUUCGUCAGAACGUCGCCGGCAGAUGCACACUCGAGAGUCCAGCGAGCCGCUCCAACGUCGCCCGCGGACGUGAUGGCGCAAAAUAUCCUAGAGUGGAUUCAAGGGAUCUACCGGCAGGGCGCACGUAAAAUUCGCCAGCAGUCGGACCCGGCGGGCUAUCUGCCCCCGUACAGCACCCAGAGGCCGCCGGAGAGGCCCAGACCGUUCCAGCCGCCGACGACCGGUCAGCAGCCGAGCUACUCGUCGCCCUCCCAAAACGAGGUAACGAAUUAUCCUUACCAGAGGCCGUCCACGGGGUUCCCUCCGACGAACGUUGGCUACCCAUCCGGCCAGCCGUCCACCGUUCAAGCUCCGCCGUUCUCCAGCCAGAGACCGUCGACGUACCUUCCGCCGAACAAUCAGUCGCCCUACGGACCGUCGACUUCGUACAACCCGCGGCCAACCCCGCCGUCUUACUCGAACGCCGGCUCCUCGGCUUUCCCGCCAUUCAGCACAACCAGAGGCUCCACGACGUACCUGCCGCCGUCGUCAGGGUACUCGACGACCAGCCCUAGAUCGCCCUCCCCCGCGCAGACCGCUGGUCAUUCUACCAAUUACGGGUACUCGACACCCAGCGGGUUCUCUGCCACCUACGGCUACUCGACCCAAAGAUCCAGCCCUGCUUACGGUCCCUCCGAUGGCGGCGCUUCCAGCGGAUACCCCGGACCCAGUGGGUUCACUCCUACUUACGGCUACCCGACCGAAAACCCGAGGCCAUCCUUCCCGACGCCCGACUCAGGCUCGAACUCGUACGACCAGCCUACGGGCUACCCAUCGUCUCCAAACUUCCCGAACCCCACUCCGGGAGGGGCGUUCCCACCCUCGGAAGGCACCGGCGGGACCAGCGGCGGCGGCGGCAACGUUAAACCGCGACCAGGCCAAGAAGGAUCCAGCGGUACCGCGGUGACGACAGGACAAGGCGCCGCUGAAGACGAAGACCUGAAGCACCCGCCGCACAUACACGCACUCGACGUCGUGUGCAGCAAGACCAUGAUGACCAUCAACAUCGAGUUCAAUCGGGCUUUCGACGGAGUGAUUUACUCCAAGGGCUUCUACAUGAAUCCGGAGUGCAGAUACGUCGCGCAAAACUCCGGCCAGACCAAGUACUCUUUCACCGUGAGCCUGGAUUCCUGCGGCACGCAGUUCAUCAACGACUUCGCCGGCGAGGCUGGCCAGGCGUAUCUCGAGAAUGUCCUCGUUCUGCAGAACGAGCCGGGUAUUCAGGAAGUCUGGGACACGGUUAGGCGAGUCAGGUGCCUUUGGGAAGGGAACAUCAAUAAAGCGUUGACGGUGAACUUUUCCGUAGACAUGCUGAACCAAGAAAUAGUGACGUUCAGCGGCGACACGGCGGUCGCCAAGCUGGAUAUACAGGUUGGCAGAGGCCCGUUCGCCGCUGCUGCCGACGGACUCGUUAAGAUCGGCGAGACCAUGACUUUGGUCGUCACGGUCGAGGGAGACCCGGCCUUCGAUCUACAAGUACGCGACUGCAUCGCCCGCGACGAGUCCUCCACCAACAUGUUACAGUUGACGGACGAGAGAGGAUGUAUACUGAAGCCUAAGCUGUUCGGAGCGUUCCAGAAGACGAACGAGACCGGGAACACGGGGGCUUCGAUCAUCGCGUACGCUUACUUCCAGGCUUUCAAGUUCCCGGACGUCAUGGACCUGUUCAUCGAAUGCAACGUGGAGCUCUGCAAGACCGACUGCGAACCCUGUCCAGAUAUGAAUCAGCAAAUCGAGCCAGGCAGACGACGUCGACGAUCGGUCGGCCUCCCAGCGCCUAGCAGACCCUCCAACACCUCGGCGGUGCUCCUCUCGGAGCCUGUACGAGUCGCCAGAGGGUUCAGAGUGAUCAUGGUGGACGACUUGAGCGAAGCCAGCAGCCACGUGCUGGAAAAUCUCGAGCACACCAACGUCGAAGAGGUCGCGAAAACCACGACGAACGUUUGUAUGACUUAUAGUGGCUUCUUAGUGGCCGCCUCGUUCAUGAUGAGCACCGUCGUCGUGACAACGAUCAGUGCGCUGAUAUUCUACGUGAAACUGCAAAGAGUCUACAGGUCAAAGUCUAUAAGCUCGUAAACGUAUAACAUCGACGUGUUUGGGGGUGGUAAUCGACGAGUCGAAGGGCUAGGAUAAUUUCGUGGGAUAAAGCGGGGACCCGAGGAGACUCGGGUUCUGCUGCCAUAGAACAAUCGAUACGCGGUAGCAACAGGUAAGAGGAUGCCCAGCCUCCGCCCUCGUAUCGUUUUCUGAUAGCAACGCUCGCUUCUUCGUAGCCGAGUUUACAACGCUCGACGAUUACGUUCUAGAUAUUGUAGACAGUUUCUGCUUGUUAGUCGAUUGCUACCCUCGCGACACUCGUUUCGUACCAUUGCAGAAUUUUAUUAUAAACACGUUAACACUUGCUCGACUGUACAGCCAUAUAUCACUUAUCUACAAUACAACUGGGCCGCGGAUCUUUAUGCAGAGUGAAAUUGUUCUUUUAUAAUACUGGAUAAGUCGAAUAGUUUAUUUUGCUCCGUACCGAUAUGAUCGCUUUGUCGAAGUCGAAGUUACGUAUCGUCAAAUUGAAUUCCGUGCUUCUUGAGCAUAAACAUCCGCAGUCUGCAACGAACUUGACGCAUUUGACAGCGGUCGGAAAAGUUGUUUUCGCAUAUGUAUCUGACUCUUUGAACUGAACAUGAAGCGACAACAGAACCGUAGAUCUUAGACAGACUUUUGUUAGACGAAUCCAAAUAAAUUAUGUUUCUUAAGA